GUGACGGCUUCACUAACUUCUCGACGCCCUUCGCCUUCCCCAUCGUUUUCUUGCCUUCCCCGCCAAACAAACACGAUAGGAAAGAACUCGCUCCUUCUCCGCUCUCUCCGAUCGCUCCACCAUCUCUUCGACCUCCUCGAGACCGCCGCAUCAAUCCGUGAUCCCUUCUUUCCGGCAUUCCAUUGGAAUGUUUUUUACCCUGAUUUUGACCUCAAAUCUGAAAGCAUGCUGUGUUCCAGGACAAGCUCUGUUAUCUCACAAGUUUCACCUUCAAUGAAUCCAUGAUGACAUCAGAAGAAAGAGUUUCAUACACCUCACCCUCUGAAGAAGACAAAGUUAGUCAUCAUGAUAGAGAGGAAGUUGGUUUCUUUGUUGAUCAUCACAAGAGUUAUGUGCCAAAAGUGUCAAUACCGGAUAAUCUAUAUCAAUCAUCACCAGAGCAUGACUUCCCUGAGCAGGACGAUCCAGCUCAAGACCCUGGUUAUUCAAGUCAUCUCAGGGCUAAUCCUGAAGUAAACUUGAAGAAUGUUUUGAGCGGGUUAGUUGCAAUUCUUACGGGCCGUAACCGAGUUAAUGGUUCUAUUCAAUCGCGACAGCUAAACUCCACCUCAGAUGUAUCAUUUUUAAGUUCUGAAUUGAAUGGAGAUAGCUUUUUGCAUCCAUCAGUCUAUUAUGUACCAAGUGCACCACCCUUCGAGGUAGAAGCUAUUGCCUGUAAUGCACAUAAAGAGGUACUUGUAGCAGAUCCUCCAGAGUGGCUUCCAGAUAGUUAUUCUAGAGUCUGCAUGCAAUGCAAUUCCCCAUUCACAGCCAUUAUUCAUGGUAGGCAUCACUGCCGGUUUUGUGGUCGUAUCUUCUGCAGAAACUGUACAAUGCGAAGAUGCUUGUUACCAGUCAAAUUUCGGGAGCGAAAUCCUCAAAGAGUCUGUGAUACUUGCUACGACAGGCUUGAACCUUUGCAGAGAAUAUUGAUUAUCUCGAAUAGCAAUUGCGUUCAGUCAGCUAAACAUGAUGUUACUGACUGGACAUGCAUGAGAGGAUGGUUAAAUUUACCUGUGGGCUUGUCCAUGGAAUAUGAAAUAUACAAGGCUACGAAUAUCUUGAGGAGCUAUUGCCAGGUUGAUAGGUUUGAUCCUGAGAAAUCGAUUCCCUGGGCUGUCCUUAAAAGAGCAAAAGGGCUUGCCAUCCUAACAGUAGUUAAAGUUGGUGCACUUCUUACUUACAAGGUUGGUACUGGUCUUGUAAUUUCUCGAAGGAUCGAUAGAUCAUGGUCUGCACCAUCUGCCAUUCUAUCAAUUGGUUUAGGAUGGGGAGCACAGGUAUGCAUAUAGUUAGAUGGCCAAUCUUCUCUUUUGCAUCUGUUCUAACAUGCAAUAUUUGGUAACUGUCUAUUUUCAUAGCAACUAUAAAUGCCAAGAAUCAGCAUAUUUGUCUCAGUUUAAGUUUGUCUGGAGAUAUGUUGUCACAACUCAUAAACAAUGAUCAAUUAGGAAAUUUCAGGAGGAACAACAGUAGUUGAGAUUAAACAAAAGAACUUAAACAAAACAGAAUAAUUAUGUGCCUUAUGAUUAA